UGAAAACAAAAAUUCACUGGAACUGAAUCCUGAUUCUGUGAGCGUUUUGAUGCGAUAAUGCAUUGACACACAUCCAGAUUUCGAAUUCGAAGACGAAGACGAAGGCGAAGGCGAUUCUGUCUAUUUGAUGUCGAUUGAUGCUUGUUAGAGAUUGAAAACUUGGAAAUCUGGCUUCGGACUUUGUUGUUCUAAUCUGAAGAGAGGAGAUCAGGAAGCGGCCAUGGAUGACGGAGAUGAGAUGGAUUCGCUGUUCGAGGGGAUGGUUCUGUUCACGCCGUCUCAAUUCUCCAAUCUCAAUGAUAAUACGGUGAAAUCGCCUGAGAUUUUUCUGCCGCGAUCUGAAGUUAAUGGAACUGCGACGGCGCCGGCGCCCCCGCAAGACGCGGCGUCAUCACCGGAGAUUGCAACGGAGGCGGUGGAGCCGCUUGAUGAAAAUAUGUUCUCCGAUCUAACGAUCGUGAGUCCUGUUAAAAACCUAGCGGAAUCGACCGAUCCAGUUCCUCAUCUGUCUUCGUCUUCUUCCUCUUCUCCGUAUGUUAAUACUGCAAGUCACGGCGCCACGGCCGAGACGGCUAUGGCGAAGACGUCGAAAGUUACUAGUUUUGGGCGUCAGGUUUCGCGGAAGAAGAAGAGAGCUGCAGGGCUACGAAUCGGAUACGGCAGACACGAAAAUAGCAAUCUCGACGAAGAGGAAGAUGAUUCCGUCAGUCAAUCAUCGGAUUCCAUCAGUCAACCAUUGGAUUCCGUUAGUCAACCAUUGGAUUCCGUUAGUCAACCGCUUGAUUCUGUCGACCAACAUUCGGAUUCUGCCGUUGGUAUCUCGAUGUUAGAAUUGGUGAAGGCUCAGAUCUCCGAGAAGCUUAGCCGUGCUCGUGAGUUGGCCGCUUCGGUGACUAUUGCUCGUAAGGAUGCAAUCAGGAGGAGAAGACAAGCUUCUGAGGAUCUGCGCUUGGCCUCGACGAAGCACGUUGAGCUAGAGAAGCAGCUUGAGGAAGCCAUUGAAGCGGAGGAUUUUGAAUCGGCCGAGAGGAUUAGCGAGAGUCUUGCCGCUGCGGACAGAGACAGGCAGAAUCUGAUGGUGUUGCUUCGUGAAGCGGAGUCUCGCUGUGACGCUCUAGAUUCGAAGAUGAAGGAGGUUCUUCUCUCCCAGAUCACAGCUGAAGAAGAAUCCGCCACUCUGCUUCGCGUGUUUUCUACGGAUGCUGAAAAGGAUGCGGAUUCACUUCUGGAGAAGAUUGAGGCAUUCUCUUCAAAGGAAAUGGAAAAAUGGCAUUCUUCCAUUGAAGAUGUGGAGGUCCGGAAGAUCGAAUUGGAUAUUGAAUCUGUUAUAGUGGAUAAUGUUCGCUUGUCUUUGAACGGUUCACUCGAGGAAUCAGUUGAGCAAGAAAUGAGGGAAAAGGAUUCCCUAUGCAAGAAGAAAGAAAAAUUGGCUGAUGAACUUCAGGAGCUACUUGCAUUGGUGAGGGCAAAGGAGAAGGAGAUUGAAGAGAAUGAUAUCCAAAUCAAGGAACUUGAAAAACGAAUUGACAGUGUGGUCUCUGACUGCGGGGGAUUGCAAACAAGCAUCGCUGCGAAGUUUGAAGAUUUGCAAGCUGGUCUUUCUCAAGUUGAUAGGGAAAGCGAAGCUCUUUCUAGAAAGAAGAAAGACACUGACGAGUUCAUAGCCUCGGAGAAGGAAAGAGGAGCUAAACUUCGAGAUCUUUCCAGGGUUUCAGCAGAUGAAGCAAAUGAAUUCGAAAAGGUUAUUGAAUUGCGGAAAUCUCUAAUAUCAUACGCUUCAAAGGCUAGAGAGGACAGAGCGAAAUUGGUAAAGACAGAAGAAAAGCUCUGCGAGGAAGUGCAGAUGCUGCAGAAGGAGGUCUCCAGUACUCGGGAGUUAUUAAAGGAACUGUCUUCUAAAAAGUCGAUCAUCCAACAAAACAUCGCAUCGUUCAAGGAGAAGAUGUUGUUCAUAGAGAAAAGGAUUCCAGAGCUCGAAGCCGAGAAGAAAGUUGCUGCUGCGGCGAGGAAUUUCAAGGAGGCAGGUAGAAUAGCGGCAGAGGCGAAGUCCUUGAGCUUAGAGAAGGAAAACAUACAGACCGAAACUGGAAAAUCCAACUCCGAACUCGAGAAAUACGAGAACAAGAUAGAAGAAACCAUUGAAAGGUUAAAAGAGACGGAGAGGCUGAUUUUAUUGAAAGAGAAAGAAGUGGCUUUCACUAGGUUCCAGAGGUUACGGAUAGAUGCAGGCGCUGCUAAAGCCGAGAGAUCAGCGGCUCUCGAGCUCGGAGACCCUGAAGAAGCUGACCUUUUACUCGGGGAAGCUCGGGAAGCAGAAUCCGAGGCAGAGAAGCUUAAAAGGGCGUGUGAUCUUAAAGCGGAAGAAGCGGAAUUCGGACAAGAGUCGGAAAGUUUCAUCUCGAUGGAACUCAUAGCCAGUCUUGGUCUGAAGCAGUUAGAAGAACUGGCGGCAUCUGUUGUUGUUGGUGUUGAUCUCCCUGUGUCCAAACCUUAAAAGACCAUUGUAUGUUUUUUCUCUUCUUCUACUUGUAUUGCAAUUAUGUUGUAUUUCUUUUUUUCAAAAAUCAAGUUUCUUUUAUUUA